AUGUUCGGCUUUCCAAAAAUUCACGAACAGGGGGUACUCGUCCAUCUGAAGAAAAAUAUUACCGCCCUGCGCUCAGAAAGAACCGCACUUACUUCUCUGAGAGCCACACUUUGCAAGUUCAAGUUCAACAAGGGCUCCUGCAAAGAGAGACUUUUCUACGGGGUCACCUUUGCAACUGUGCAGCUAAACUACGCGGCUGAUUGCGCCCUCGAGGAGUCUAAGCGGACCCUUAUUGCAGCGUCCACUGAAGAGCAGGCUAGAUUGAAAAAACUAGACGAGGAGCUGAGGAAUUUAGGGGGCAGGCAAACUAACCAAAUCCGGGUGGCUGAUGAAGUACUGCGUGCAAAGGUAUGUUAUUGUACAUUUGGUUGGUUGCCUUUUCCCCUCUUCGAGUUGGUAGUCCCCCAGUGA